AUGGUCCACCCCGAGAUUUUGGACGAUUUUAAGGAGAGUUUUGAUACUCUCAGGUUUUACCGAAUUUCGCACCAUAAUAACGGCCUAAUCAACGAGCUUGAGUCGUCGCCCAUGAGUACGGAGCACGUGAGCGGACUGCUGGCCGCAGCCACGGCCACAGCGGCUAUGGCCUCCAUUGCCCUGUUACAGAAGAAACGCGCGGCAGCUUACGAUCCCAAGAACCGCAAGGGCAUUGGUCAGCGCAGGCCGAGCGCCAACGCGGCGGCCAUGAACGGAUCAGCCAACGGCCAUGCGCACGUGGCGAUGGUGCAAAACGGACAAGUGCUGGCCGACCCGGCCGAAGGCUACGAGCUCUUCCCCAUCGACUUCUCCAUGCACGUGCAGAUCCGCCAGAACGUCGUGCGCAAGUUCUUGCAGACGCACCCGGAUGCCAAGAGCAGCGCGGCCGCCAUGCUCCUUCAUGGCGGCGUUGAGGUGGACCGCUAUGAUACGGACAUCCAGUACAAUUUCCACCAGGAGAGCUUCUUCCAGUAUCUCUUUGGGGUGCGCGAGCCGGGAUGCGCGGGUCUGGUUGACCUGACGACACGCAAGGCCGUGCUAUUCGUGCCCCGACUGAGCGAUGAGUGGGAACUCUGGUGCGGUGACCGCAAGCCACCGGCCUACUUCAAGGCACACUACAAGGUGGACGAGGUCCUCUACAUGGACGAGAUAGCGGCCGUGUUGGCCGAUAAGCUCAAGGCCAAGAAGCUGUAUGUGCUGCACGGCAAGAACACGGACAGCGGCCUGGAAACGACCACGACGUCGACUUUUGAGGGCAUCGAGAAGUUCGAGGUGGACAAGACGGCACUACACCCCGUUUUGGUGGAAUCCCGUGUGAUUAAGACGGAGAAGGAGCUGGAGCUGCUUCGCUUUGUCAACAAAUUGUCGUCUCGCGCUCAUAUCAACGUGAUGAAGAACAUCCGUCCGGGCAAGAUGGAGUUCCACGCCGAGAGUGACUUUCUGCAUUACGUGUACAGUAAUGGAGGCGCUCGCUUCCAUGCGUACACUUGCAUUUGCGGUAGUGGCCACAACGCCUCUGCUCUGCACUAUGGCCACGCUGGUGCACCGAAUGACAAACUUCUUGAAGAUGGUGACCUGUUCCUCAAUGACAUGGGGGGAGAACUACAUGGCUACACUUCGGACAUCACAUGCUCAUGGCCAGUGAAUGGCGCGUUCUCUGCUGAUCAGCGCAUGGUCUACGAAGGCGUGCUCAAGGCCCACGACGCCGUCAUGGCGGCCAUCAAGCCUGGCGUUAGUUACGUCGACAUGCACUUGCUGUCGCACCGCGUGCUGACGCAGCAUCUGCUGGAGUACGGUCUCUUCCAGAAUGGCACAGUGGACGAACUGAUGGAUCACGAGAUCUCGGCCUACUUCUAUCCUCAUGGCCUGGGCCACAUGAUGGGCCUGGACACGCACGACGUUGGCGGCAUCCCCAUCGGCUACGAGCGCUCCACGAAGAAGAUCCUGGCCAAGCUUCGUUGUGUGCGAAACUUGGAGAAGAACAUGGUGCUGACAGUGGAGCCGGGCUGCUACUUCAUCGAGGCCCAGAUCCAGGCAGUGCUGGCCAACCCUGUGACGGCCAAGUUCGUCAACCAAGAGAUGUUGUCUCGCUUCCGUGGCACGGGCGGAGUCCGAAUCGAGUCGGAUGUUGUAGUUACCGCUACGGGCGUCGAGUGCAUGAGCAAGGUGCCACGGACAGUCGAGGAGAUCGAAGCGACCAUGCAGAAGGCGUAG